CGAAGAAGAAUUUCCGUCUCUAGAAGUGUCACACUGUCCUUCGCCACAUCGUAACAGCGGCUACUCUGGUCUCGUCGGGUUAUCUAGGGACGCAACAACUGCAAUCAUGGUCUAUGAAGAGAAGAUGAUCUUGAAUGGAGACCCAGACGAUGAGGAAGAAGAGGAGGAGGAAGAAGAGGAAGAAGAAGACUUGGUGGACCCCCUAGACACGGUCAGGGAGAAAUGUGAGCAGACUGCACACUGCGUCCACGCACGUGAACGACUGGAGGCAUGUGAAAACAGGGUGGGCUCACGGUCGUCUGAGGAGGACUGCACAGAGGAACUGUUUGAUUUCCUCCAUGCCCGUGACCACUGUGUGGCACACAAGGUUUUCCAUUCCGUGAAAUAAUCUCAACAUCCCACUACUGCAAGUUGAUGUCCAUUUAUCUAAGAAACAAAUGCUUUGCUCACAUUUAUUAUUGUACGGAAGGCUCCCUGUAUAAAUUAUUUGUUGUAAGGGAUGCUGUUUUCAUGUGAAUAUUGUGAAUAAAAUGUUAUCUAAUGUGAUGCAGAUUUCAGAGAAUGAUUGAAACUAUCGGUGUUGGAUAACCACAAAUAAAGACAGUUAAUUUUAUAAAGCUCCA